UCCAUCCUUCACUUCACUUGAUUGAGCAUUUCCUAAUUCCUAAUAAAUUCUCUUUCUCUUUUUCAUUCACGAUUCGAUUGUGCGUACGGACCCAAUACUCUAGGGUUUCUUUAAAUCUCAACCCUCAACGACUACAUUCUUAGCUUCAAUCAAUCAAGCUGAAUUCAGCCACACCAUUACCCCUUUUUGUAGUGUUUAGUGGCUGUUUGUCUGCUUUGAUUUCAUGAAAUUGGAGCACAAUGGCAAGCUAUUUGGGAAAAGGAGCCCCUUCAAAUGGAUCUGUCUAUGUAUGCAACUUGCCCUUUGGGACUGAUGAAAGUAUGUUAGCUGAAUAUUUUGGCACCAUUGGGGUAAUUAAGAAAGACAAGCGAACAGGUCGUCCAAAGAUAUGGUUAUACCAUGAUAAAGUGACAAAUGAGCCGAAGGGAGAUGCUACUGUAACUUAUGAAGAUCCACAUGCUGCGGUAGCUGCUGUUGAAUGGUUUAACAACAAGGAUUUUCAUGGUAAUACCAUUGGAGUUUUUAUAGCAGAGUCAAAAAGCAAGGAUGAACAGGCCUAUAACUCAGUGGCAGAUCCAAGUGAUGCUGGUGAUUUUGGUGGAUUGGAAGAAAACACUGGAGAUAUGAAUGGUGGUGGUGGAAGAGGAAGAGGUCGGAGUGAUGCUUCAGGAAAAGCAUGGCAACAAGAGGGGGAUUGGACGUGUCCGAAUACAAGCAGUUGUUCAAAUGUAAAUUUUGCAUUUCGUGGUGUGUGCAACCGCUGUGGAAGUGCUCGACCUUCUGGAGCCUCUGGUGGUAGUGGAGGAGCUGGUGGUCGUGGUAGGGGUCGUGGUGGCCCUGACUCUGGGGGCCCUGGCCGUGGAGUUGGUGCUGCCGUUGGAGGACUCUUUGGUCCAAAUGAUUGGCCUUGUCCAAUGUGUGGUAAUAUCAACUGGGCAAAGCGUACAAAAUGCAAUAUUUGCAACACAAAUAAGCCUGGUCACAAUGAGGGUGGUGUGAGCAGAGGUGGACGUGGGGGAGGUUACAAAGAACUUGAUGAAGAAGAGUUAGAGGAAACUAAGCGACGUCGGCGGGAGGCUGAAGAAGAUGAUGGUGAGAUGUAUGAUGAGUUUGGCAAUCUAAAGAAAAAGUUUCGUGCCAAAACUCAGCAAGCUGAAACUGGACGGGCACUUCCAGGUGCUGGACGUGCUGGAUGGGAGGUUGAGGAACUAGGCGUCACUGAAAGGGAUGGGAGAGAGAGAAGCAGAGACAGAGGAAGGGAUCGGGAUGAUAGGGAGAGCAGCAGGAACAGAGAUCGAGAUGACAGGGACUGGCGUCGGAGUCGAAGUAGAGAGAGAGAUAGAGGAAAAGAUCGCGACCGGGAUUAUGAUCAUGACAGAGAUAGAGACUAUGGGCGGGAAAGGGACCGUGAUCGGGACCGGAACAGGCACCGAUAUUGAGAAAUGUAGGAACCUUUGAUGGUUUUAAGCAUUGUUUUGGUUGUGUUGCUGGCUUGAGAUAGAGGUGGUUUUUUGCUUCCUUGGUGGGAAGAAUGGCAUUUGAUUUCAUCUUCAUUUUACAUGGUAUGCUAAAAUUCUGGGACCGAUGCUUUUCCUGUUUUGAAACUUUUAUUUAGAACGGUGACCUGUGCUAUCAUGUAAACUUGUUGUCCAUACUUCAUACUCCUAAGGUAGUAUUCGGAUGUAAAUUAAUAUGCGAAUCUGAUUUAUUCCGCUUCAAAUGUGUAGCGAAAAUGGUACUUAGGUUGCAGGAAGUUCAUUUCUACUA